CAGUGCGCACCAGGCACACUUCAGAUCAGAGGAGACGCAACAGCAUUGCGCACAGACAACCCAAGAACACCCUGGGAGAUAUGCAUUCUAACUUUACCAGUUGGGUGGGGACCCUGGGGUUCCUGCUGUGGGCGCUGCUGUGCCUGGGCACCUUGGCAGCAGGCUACCCGGUGAAACCAGAGAAUCCUGGGGAGGACGCCCCUGCGGAGGACCUGGCCAAGUACUACUCAGCCCUGAGACACUACAUCAACCUCAUCACAAGACAGAGGUAUGGCAAGAGGUCCAGUCCUGAGAUACUGGACACACUGGUCUCAGAGCUGUUACUGAAGGAGAGCACAGACACCCUUCCACAGUCAAGAUAUGACCCAUCAUUGUGGUGAUGACGCCCGCCUCUGACGCCUUCCUCCUCCUCCUUGCCCAUCUGCUACAGUUCUGCUGCUUUGUGACACUGUCAAAUUGUAAAUAUUUGAUCCACAGACGUCAUCUGUGAAUGUUGCAAGUCAACCGGAGGAGUGGGUAUGUCAAUUGUAUUGUAUAUUUGUGCAAUUAAAGAUGAAUUCUUUGAAACGUG